AGUACGUACCUUUGUUCUACUUCCCCUGGUGAACAGGUGGGUCAGUACUACCGCGGCCUUGAUUGGUUACGAAUGCAUUUUACCUACAGUCUUUCUAAAAGUUCAAACGCCCUAAACGAAGUUGUAGUAGACCUUAAUUAAUUAAUUAAUACCUGAGGCAGAUUAUGCAGUAGCGUAGGUGUAGCUACCUCAUAAUCUACAGACACAUGUAUUAACCUUAGGUAGUUACCUGCUACCUUACAUACUUGCUACCUUACAUUGAAAUUCAAAUGCUACUUUGAAUAUUGUAACUUACAUCUCUCCCUCCCCAAAACCCAAUUCCAUGUCGAUGGGGGAAAAAAUAUAAAGCAACCAUCAAAAAAAGUGAGGCUGCAUUGCAGUUAGCUCAGCCUGAUCGAUAUUCUUUUUUUUCUGGGCCUAUCUUGAGGUUUUGAGGUGUAAGCCUCUUACUCAACUGCCACACUUAAAGAGGGCGGUCUAGGAUUGAAGUUCAUGCACCUCCAAAAUCUACACCGACCGUAUGAUAUCGUACAUGGCAUGACAUGACACCUAGCAGUCAUCCAAGAAUUAUUGGAAUAAUAAGUUGAGACUCGAGAGAAAGAGACACAAAAGUAAACUAUGGAUAACAAGAAAGUACCCAAACCUGACAAUGGCGAGACAACAUCUCAGGAGAUAGACUUUGUCACCUUAGGGAUGUUCAUUAUAGAUGAGAUUGAAUACCAGCCGCCACAACCCCCGGUGAGGGACAUCCUCGGUGGCGCUGGCACCUACUCCGCCCUUGGGGCGCGGUUAUUCUCACCACCACCACUCUCAAACUCCGUGGGCUGGAUCGUUGAUAAAGGUUCGGAUUUCCCGGAAGCUCUAGAAGAACUUAUCUCCACCUGGGAAACCUCCGUGCUGAUCCGGCCCAAGCCGGAACGUCUUACCACGCGCGGGUGGAACGGCUAUGACGAGCAUCAGAACCGUGCUUUCCGCUACAUGACCCCCAAAAAGCGUCUGACCGCUGAGGACCUCACCCCAACCCUACUCGCCUCCCGCUCCUUCCACCUCAUCUGCUCACCUACACGGUGUCGCGAACUCGUUACAGAGAUCCGUGCUAGGCGGAGCGGUCUAACGGGUAUAGACGGCAGCCCCUUACCCAAGCCUGUCUUCAUCUGGGAACCCGUACCGGAUCUCUGCACGCCAGAUGAGCUACUAAACUGUACAAACACUCUCCCCCUGAUUGAUAUAAUUAGCCCAAACCACUCUGAGCUGGCUGGCUUCAUGGGCGACUCUGGGCUAGAUCCGGAAACUGGCGAGAUCAGUACAAAAGCCAUCGAGCGAGCCUGCGAGCAGCUUCUGGGCUCUAUGCCGCUACAAUCUUUCGCCAUCGUGGUCCGCGCCGGCGAGAAGGGAUGCUAUCUAGCGCGGAACGGCGGGCGGAAGCGUAAAGUACCCGGCAAGCAACCGAAACGCAAGAAGCCCUCGGCUCUGUUGCACGGCGGCCUGCAGCCGGACACGGACAUGGAGGCGCUAUUCGCGGGGCUCCUGCAGGACUCCGAGGGCAUGGUCGCCCGCGAGGAAAUCGAAGUCGACCCGGGCGUCGAGCGCUGGCUCCCCGCGUAUCACGCCGGCUCGCCCGAGCGCGUUGUCGACCCCACCGGCGGCGGCAACACCUUCCUAGGCGCCCUGGCCGUCGCCCUCGCGAGGGGGAAGAGCCUCGAGGAGGCGGCCGCGUGGGGCAGCGUCGCGGCUAGCUUCGCCAUCGAACAAGUCGGCACGCCGACGUUGGGAAAAGCCAAAGACAGCGGCGAAGAAGGAGGAGGCGGGGAGACGUGGAACGGAGUCCGCGUCGACGAUAGAUUCGAAGAGUUUAAGAAUAGGUUGGCUUUUACAAGCUAAUCAGCAGCAGCAACAGCAGAAGCAGCGAGCGUAACGAAGCACUGGGGUAGAGGCAAGAGCGAAAAAAGGAGAUUCGUAUCACGCGUGGAUGCAUAGAGAGGGCAAGAUGUGGACGAGCCUACUGAUAUGAUAUUUAUCUCGUGGAAACACGAUGCGAUGAGUAUCUAGGUUAGGUACCUAACGUAAUGGGGG